CAAAAUCGCACUGCUGAAGAGGAACACAGCGGACCGCACCGCUGUUGAAACAAAAUGGCCGAUGUGGAAAUGGAUUUACAGAGCAAGAGGCUAAAUAACGGGUCAGAGGAGUUGGAGAGUCCAGAGAAGAGUGGGAAUGAAGAUGAAAAUGGUGACAUGUCUGGAGAGGAUGAAGAGGAGUGUGAGGAGGACGUGGAGGUGAAUGGAGAGAAGCAAGAAAGCGGUCCUAAACAUCACAGCGGCAGCAAACACAAGAAAAAGAAACACAAGCACCGUAGCAAGCACAAAAAGCACAAACAUGCGUCUGAGGAAGAUAAGGAACGCAAACGAAAACAUAGACACAAACAUAAGAAGCACAGGCGCAAAGAAGAGCCGUCCUCCUUGCCCUCUGGAGCCAUCAAGGAGAGGGCCGAAGAUGGCUCCCCUUCACUGGGCAAUGCAGCCCUGGAUGACAAGGCGCUUCUUGAAGAUCUGGAGAAACAAAGAGCACUGAUUAAAGCUGAGCUGGACAGCCAGCUGAUGGAGGGAAAAGUUCAGUCAGGAAUGGGCCUAAUUCUACAGGGUUACAAUUCUGGCUCUGAAGAGGAUGGAGAGGGGCAGAGAGCACGUAAUGGGGAGCAACGGCAAAGAGGUAGUGGGGGCAAAACCCGCUCACCUAAAGACCAGAUUAGCAGGGGGGGUAGAUCCAGACGGGACUCAACAGACACCAACAAACCAAGCACGAAACGACGCAGUCGUUCCCGAGAGAGAGCCGGUAGGGAUGCUAAGAUUGAACGAACGACCAAAAGUGCGAAAGAGACCAUUAAAGAACAUAGCAAGUCCAAAGAGAAAAAACGCUCCCGGAGCAGGGACAAAUCCAGGGAGCGUGGGAGAAGGUCCCAGUCCCCAUCUACAAGGAGAUCCUCUGCAGAGAGAAAAACAGACCAGAAGGGACAUUCCGAUCGACGUUCUCCUCCCCGUACAGAAGAUAAGCGGGAACAAGUCAGGCAGAGAUCAGGCUCACGAGGGCGCAAGAGCCGGUCGCAAGAUAGACGAUCUCGUUCUAAAGAUGCCCGGGUGGGUCGAUCGGAGGCUGACAGAGAAAAGAAGCCAGGAAAGUCUCCAUCCAAAGACACCUCCUCUGGGAAAGAGAAUCGUUCACCUCAUUUACGCCGAGCUCUUAGCCCUCAACGCCGACGCAGUUCCUCCCCUCGCCACAGGGACCGCCAGUCCAACUCCGCUCCACAGCCCCCCUCAGGUUCUGUGGACCGGAGCUCCAAACUGAGCCACUCACCAUCUAGGAACAGAUCGCCAGCCACUCGAAGAGCACGAAGCCGCUCAAAUGAGCGCCGGAGAGAUUCCCCUUCCAGGAAGCGUCCUCGUGUGGAUGGACUUGGGAGAUCACGGGAAACCAGUCCAGCUCGGCGCAGAGUGAGCCGCUCACCACUCAGACGUAGGUCUGUAUCACCACGCCGACAGUCUCGACCCUCCCCCAGAAGGCGAAGUCGAUCCCCACUAAGACGCAGGUCUGCUGAUAGGGAUCGGUUUUUCCGUUCCAGACUAAGACGAUCAACCUCCAGAGAUCGUGAGAGGAGGAGGAAGAGGCGGGGCCGAGAUGAAGACAAGUUUAAAGGAAGUCUGUCAGAGGGUAUGAAAGCAGACCAAGACUCCUCCUCUGAAGAAGUGUUGGAAGAUUUUGAUGCAGAAGAGGAGGAUGAAGAGGCUCUAAUUGAGCAGCGACGACAACAGCGGCUUGCAAUCGUACAGAAAUAUAAAAUGGUAAAUGAGGACAGUAAUAUGGGCUCCAUGGCGUCAGAACCCAGCAGUCCUCAGAGUAGCACCCGCAGCCGUUCACCUUCCCCUGAUGACAUCCUGGAACGGGUAGCGGCUGACGUGAAGGAAUAUGAGCGGGAGAAUGUGAACACUUUUGAGGCCAGCAUCAAGGCCAAGCACAACCUCAUCGCUCAGGAGAAAGAAGGAGCCAACCCAAAGAAGCCCUCUGCGCCUGACAUGUUUACCGAGUCAGAUGACAUGUUUGCUGCAGAUUUUGAUAGUGCCAGACUCAGGGCUGCAGGCAUUGGAAAAGACUUUAAGGAGAACCCCAACCUCAGGGACAACUGGACUGAUGCAGAGGGAUACUACCGUGUGAACAUUGGUGAGAUACUGGAAAAGCGGUAUGAAGUGUAUGGGUACACUGGACAGGGUGUGUUCAGUAACGUCGUCAGAGCUAGAGACACUGCCCGGGCUGGCCAGGAGGUGGCAGUCAAGAUCAUCCGAAACAAUGAGCUCAUGCAGAAGACGGGACUGAAGGAACUUGAGUUUCUGAAGAAGCUGAAUGAUGCAGAUCCUGACGAUAAAUUUCAUUGUUUGCGUCUCUUCAGACACUUUUACCACAAACAGCAUCUCUGUUUGGUGUUUGAACCUCUCAGUAUGAAUCUACGGGAAGUGCUGAAAAAGUAUGGUAAAGACGUGGGGCUACACAUCAAGGCAGUGCGUUCCUACAGUCAGCAGCUCUUUUUGGCCCUCAAACUACUGAAACGCUGCAACAUCCUCCAUGCUGACAUCAAACCAGACAACAUACUGGUGAACGAGUCGAAGACAAUUCUUAAACUCUGUGAUUUCGGCUCUGCAUCCCAUGUUGCCGACAAUGAAAUCACUCCCUACCUAGUCAGCAGAUUCUACAGGGCACCUGAAAUUGUCAUUGGUAAACCAUAUGAUUAUGGCAUUGAUAUGUGGUCAGUCGGCUGUACCCUGUAUGAGCUGUACGCAGGGAAGAUCUUGUUCCCUGGUGGAUCCAACAACCACAUGCUGAAACUGGCCAUGGAUUUGAAGGGCAAGAUGCCAAACAAGAUGAUUCGGAAAGGCCUGUUUAAAGACCAACAUUUUGACCAGAACUUGAACUUCCUGUACAUCGAGGUAGACAAAGUGACUGAAAGGGAGAAGGUAACGGUCAUGAGCACUAUUAACCCCACUAAAGACCUACUUGCGGACAUGAUCGGAGGUCAAAGGUUACCUGAGGAUCAACGGAAGAAGGUCAUGCAACUGAAGGAUCUGUUGGAUGGAACUCUGAUGCUGGACCCUGCUAAACGAAUCAGCAUCAACCAGGCCCUGCAGCACCCUUUCAUUCAGGAGAAGAUAUGACACUUUCACCUUUGAUCAUCCUUUGUUCCAGGACUGAGCCAACAGACUCCAAUUCAGAAUGUUCAGUACCAUCACAAGACUUUCAAUUUUCUAUUUUUAUUCAUGUUUUUCUAGUGACUUUUCUUUUGCCCAGUCAUUUGAUUCAAAUCUCUCAGAAUGAUCUUGUUUUUAUUGUACAUAUGCUCACCUUGUCAUUCACUGAGAAAGAGAGGCAUGUUUAGCAGAUAUCGGACUGUCUUAUUUAACUUCAAAAGUGACCAAACUGUGCAGAGUGCAGCAUUUAAAAUGUUUGAGUUGUUCAGAUAUUGAAUGUGAGAAAUGGCUAGGCAAGCACAUCAGAGGGGUAUUCAAAGACCAAUUGUUUUUGACAUUAGCAGAUUAUAAUCCAAAUGUGCCCCUUUGGUUGACUGAUUAAACCAGUGACUUCAGUUUAAAUUCAUUUUAUGUAAUCAGUGCACGGUUGACUUAAACUGCAGAUGCACCAGGUGAUAAGAACUUUUGCUGGUUAGUAACUUUAUACGGUUUCCUUCCUAUUAAAAACAAUACAAAAUAGUUUAACACAGUUGUUUAAAAUAUUGGGUUUGGUGUAGUACAUUUACCUCAAAGUGGUACUGAAUCUCUAGAGUGAACUAUUCUUGUCUCAUUUUAUUGACUUUACAAGCCUGUCCUAUUGGGAGAUUGAUUUUAGGAUUAAUUUAAUUUACAAGAACAAAUUAAAUCUCACUAAAUGAAUAAGUUGUCACUUUUAGACAGUCAGCUUAAUGGCCAAUUUACCUCAAUUCGCUACUUCCAAAAACAAUUUGAAAGAUCUACUUUUUGGUUCAGACGUUUCUAAUGGUGUCCAGCAAACUGUUAUUACUAGUUAUCUCUGGGGUUUGAAUAUUUAUAACCAACUUCAGCAUACCAAUAUUUAUGCUCCUGUUAAAGAUUAAAAUGUUUGUUUUCUAAGUCCCUAAUGUAAAGGUUAUCUGAAAUGAAGUGCCUCCCUUUUUUGACUGAAUUGAACCAUAAUAGAAAGCCUCUCACAGACGGGUCCAGACAAACCGAUCGUUUUUUUUUCCUCACAAUGUAAAUACUUCACAGUUUUUGCUAUGUAAAAUGUGUGUUUUUUUUUUUUUGUUUUUUUUUAUUCUAAAAUGUUUUUUUUGUGUGUGGGGUGGGGUGGGGACAUAAUAAACUCGAAAGAUAGGAUUGUGAAGGAAAAUGACACCUUGAGUGUUAUUUUAGUAAUAAAAGGUUUAAAUUUUCUGAUGUUUUAAUUAAUGUGUAACCUGUUAAUCAACUCCGGCUUUUGUAAUCUUUGGCCACAUGACCGUGUUAUGGCAUCAGACACAUGCUGAGGCCUUUUCUUUUUUGACUCCCUAAUGCAGGAUUUCUAGAUGGUAACCUACAAAAACAAUUUUGCUCACCCUCCGACAUCCUGAUCUACCAACUGCCUACAAGGUUUUGCUGACAAAUAAAGAUUGAGGAAGUGAAACCAA